AUGCAUAAUGAUAAAAAAAUUAAGGAAAUAAAAGAUAGUUUGUGCAACUUUUAAAUAAAACCAAUAACAAUAAUAAAAGGGACUUCUGGAAUAGGAAAGUAAUAGAUUGGAUAUUUUUAGGUUACACUUAGUUAAAAAAAUUUUAUCAGAAUUUAAGUACUAAAUUUUGGAGGUAGAUUCAUCAUUUAGAGACAUUUGGAUAUUAAAUAAUAUACAUCCAUUAUUGUAUUCAAUGCAAGAUUAACUAGCAAAAAUUGAUAAUUAAAGAGGUAUUAAUGGGUUUGAUAGUUAGUUAUAAUUUUAAAAGAAAUAAGUGGUAUAAAUAAUUAGAAUUAAUUAAGACAAUUAUAAUAAUAAUACACAUACACAAAAUGCAAUAAACCAUUAUUAAUAAUUGUAAAUACAACAGUAUUAAAAGAUUAUGAACUGACUAAAAUUCUAAGUAAAGAAUUUAUAAAAAUAUAUUGCAAUGUUAUUUUGCUGAUAAGUCCAACGAACAUUAAGAUUGAAAAAUAUUUGCAUGGUUGUUUUCCAAGAAUAAAUUCGAAUGUUUUACAUUAGGUAAAUAGGAUUUAUCGACUAAGAUAGCAGAACUGUCGAAUGGAGAUUUAAGAAAUGCGUACAAUUAAGCAUUUAUAUUUUCAAUUAAUUAUAGAGAAGAGAGUUAAUUCAAAGAUUCUUAACUAACAUUUUUUAAUACUGUGGGUAGAGUUCUAUAUAACAAAAGAUUGGAUUAAUUUAAUACACCAAAAUAAUUAACAUAUGAAGAAAUGAUAUCAAAACCUGAACCAAAAUAUUAUUUUAAUCCAUUUUAGUUAUUGGAAACAAUCUAAGUUACUUAAUAAACAUAUAGAGGGUAUAAAACUUAAUUUUUAAAUUAAGGUUUUUGUUUAUCAAUUCAUUGAAAUUUUUGCAUGAUUUGACAGAAAUGAAAUAGUUUUAUGACAUUCAAAGCGAAGCUGAUAUAAUUGAAAAAGGAUUAUUCAGAUAUGAUAGAGUUAAUAUGCAUAUUAUCUUUAGUAUUAAGGAGACAUUUUCAAUAAUCAAUAUUUAGUUAGUAUGUUUGUUACUUUGGGAUACAUGUAGAUUAAUAAACACGUUAAACCUCAUAAGUCCAUGAUGCUUACAUUAAAUGGUCCAUAAGAUUAUUAAUUUAGAUAAGAGAGACUAUUAAAGUUAAAUGAGAUGAAAUAACUCAAACCAUUCAAAAGUUAUUAAAAAGAACUUGUAUUAAGCAUUCUGUAUGGCAAAAGAGUAUAACUUCUCAAUUCAAAAAAUAAUUUUAUAUCAUAAGUUCCUGUGGAAGAGGAACUUUAUGAUUAACAUUGGUUUGAAGAGGAUUAAUUAGAUCAAUAACAAGUCUCAAAUAAAAAAUUAAAGUAAAAAAAUAUUAGACUGAGAAGAAAUUAAGGAGAUAUGAUUUCUAGAAAUAGAAAUUAAAGAAUAGUUGAGUAUAAUAAUGAAUUAUUUAAUUGA